CGUGAACUUCAGUCGUUUUAUUAAACAUACCCUGUUUUAAUCUUCUGCUGACGUGUGGAUAUGGUUCCUUUGUUGCUUUAUAAAUGAAAGGAAAUGGAAUUCGUCAAAAAGAUUACCCUAAAAGUUCGAGAAUAGCUUAGGACCGAACUGCUUCACUCUGAACUUUACAGAUCAUCUUAAGGGCUACCAAUCUUCUGAGUUUUUCUUACCUUGAUCGACGUUGCAAACUCGACCUCAAGAGAACGGGAGCCGAACAAAAACAGUUUGGAGGUGGCCGAGUUCCAGAAACAAGUCACCCUCAAUGCCCGAACACAUCUCGCGGCUCGUCUCUCGGUUGCCGAAUGCCCCCAUUCCUGUUCACGACUUCCGUCAGCAGCCGAAAUAACGAACGUUUCCAUGAUUUCGGCCGCUGCGAUUGCCGCUCGAAACACGAAAGACGCGAUUCCAACUACGUCGGGUAAUAACAAUUGCUUAAGCGCAGCUCCUGUCAAUAACAAUAACAAUAUAGAAGCAAACAGUGGAAUGAACAGCAUUUCACGAGAGGAAAAACGAGAGAACAAAAAGAGCAGAUAUCACUACUCACGCGAAGUCUCCUUUUCACUUCUGCUGAUAAGUAUAAUAUAUGUAGCAUGCGUCACUCCUUUUACCCUCGUGUAUCUUUUGAACCAGAUGGGUUUGGUUGAGAACCCAGUCCUAGAGGCUAUUUCAAGACUCGUCCUUCAACUGAAAUUCGUGCUGAAUCCGAUUGCAUAUACAAGGAGCAGCACUUUUCGCAACCGAUUUAAGAGGAUCUGGCACAACUUGCGGUACCCGAAGGAAACGCCCAUUCCGAACACGCCCAGUCCGAACAAACAUCAAAGAGUAUCUAGUUUGAGAAGGUUCUUCGGCUCCAAUAACCAAAACCAUUCCGAUCUUUAAAUCUAGCACAAUAAGGCCCCCCGUAUAUUUCCGGCCACGGAAAGAAAUUUAUAUUCAGGUGUGUACUCUUUCAGACUCAUGUACCCCAAAACGUGAAACAAGCGAACAACACCUCAAUUAUUGUGACCAAUUAAAGAGUUUCAGUUGAAUAAAUAUAUAGCAAUCUAUCGGCUUUGAGCUCAAACUCAACUGUACAAAUAUCGUAACUGUGGCCGGACAACUUUAAUUGCUUGCAUUGGUACCGGCUCUUCUAGUCAUAAUUUUUGAUAUGAUUUGAGUGGUUAUUCUUUCAUUUCAAUCCAAAAAAACUGGUUUACGUGCUGCUUGACUUAAGAGUAUGAAAAAAUCUAAGAAAAACUGAGAAA